AUUAGCGCGGAUCGAACGACAAACUGGCGUACAAAGAGCCUCACAAUGCGUCUAACACCCGUGCGCAGUGCGAUACAUAUUGGUGAAUGUGCAUGACACAUCUAGAGCGAAUUAUCAGCGGCUGGAUGAAUUACGAUAGGGUCCUUCUGCUGUUAACAAGAGAAGAGGGGUCUCGCGGGUCGCCGACGUAAUUGACUUUGCAUCUAGUCCGCCCGCGGCCAGCCUCCUAGCCGCUCCUUCGGCCGCGAUGCACACCUAGAUACCUCUCCCAUGGCUGCCCCAGAUUCCCAAAGGGGCCACGCGGACCCCGUCCCAGAGCAGGACGAGCCAGCCACCGUCCAAGACUUCCUGCUUGACCCUGAAAGCCCUGAAGCAGCCUCGGCGGUGAACAACGACGAGGCGCUGGAAAAAGAGACGCGAUGCGGCUACGGAUUCGUGCGCUUCCCCUGGCUGCAGAGAUUUGCCAGCAAAAAGGCGUACGUCGUGAUUUACGGCAUGAUCGGCUGCUUUCAGUUCGCCCUGGCCUCCUAUUUUGUCGGCACCAUCAGUACAAUGGAGAAACGCUUCCAGAUCCCCAGCACCUUCUCAGGGGUGAUCAACUCGGCCUGGGACUUUGGGGCCAUGUUCACCAACCUGUCGGCUGCCUACCUGGGCAGGUCGAGUCACAAACCUCGCUGGGUCGCGUGGGGCACCGUGCUUGUCGGAGUUUCGUGUUACAUGCGUCUCAUUCCCCACUGGCUGUACGGGCCCGGCGAAAACGCUCUCAUGCUCACCAAGGAGUUUGGCACGGAGUUCAAGCCGCUAAACGAGUCGGAUAAAACAGGUCCAAAGCUGACCCUUUGUGGCAACAAUCACCUUGAGUUUGAGGACUGCGAUAACGCCAGCUCGGGCAACAUUUCCGCGUUCAUAUUCCUGGCCGCUCAUAUCGUCCUGGGGAUCGGCUCCUCUGUCUACUACACGCUCGGAAUUUCCUAUCUGGACGACAACGCCAAGAAAAACAAGGCCCCCGUCCUCUUAGCCAUCACCAUGUGUUUGAGGAUGGUCGGCCCCACCAUGGGCUACAUGCUGGCCUCGUACGCCCUCGAAAUGUACGUGGACCCCCUCCUGACCCCCGUCAUCACGCCUAAAGAUCCCCGCUGGGUCGGUGCUUGGUGGUUUGGUUGGUUCCCGUUCGGCACGAUAACGCUGGUCCUGGCUCUGUUUGUGGCCAUGUUUCCACGGAGUCUGCCCCGGGCGGCCCAGCGCAGUGCGGCUGCCGCCUCGGCCGCAGGACGUACUUACAACCCUCAGGGAAAAACUAAAAAGUCAAUAGCAGAUUUCAAGGCGACAAUAUCCCGCCUGUUGAAGAACCGCGUGCUGGUGUGCAACAACCUGAGCACGAUUUGCUUCGUCUUCGGGCUGAUUGGCCAGUGGACAUUCAUGCCGAAAUACAUGGAGACGCAGUUCCACCAAUCCGCCUCGACGGCCAGUCUAAUUAGCGGCUCGGUCGGCUUGCUCUGCACGGCGGCGGGACUCAUGGUGUCGGCACUGCUCAUUUCCAAAUUUAAACCCAACGCCCGCGUGCUUGCCGGCUGGAACGUGAUCGCCGAGUCACUUGACUGCUGCGGAUUCCUCCUCCUCACUUUCAUCGGCUGUGAGACGUUCAACUUGCAGGGCACUCCCCAGUCCGAUGGAACACUUGGACUGGAGGUAGACUGCAACUCAAAUUGCUCCUGCCCUGACUCGCUGCGGUAUUCGCCGGUGUGCCACACACCUUCGAGAACUACCUUUUUCUCGCCCUGCCACGCCGGUUGUACAGAUGCUGAGUGGGGGGAGGGUAACUCAUCUUUAAAGAUCUUCUCUAACUGCUCAUGCGUCCCGGACGGUGGUCCGAUUCUGGACGGUCCAUGUGCAGUGGACUGCAGCCAGGCAUUCAUGCUUUUCGUCAUAAUCCAGUGCGUGCAGCGCUUCCUGGGCGCCACCGGAAAGGCUGGCAACACCCUGAUCCACUUCAGGUGUGUCGACCCUGAAGACAAGCCGGUAGCGAUCGGUCUGUCCGAGUUCCUCCUCUGCAUCUGCUCGUUCAUCCCCGGACCCAUCCUCUUUGGCUAUCUAAUCGACUUGUCCUGUCUGGUUUGGGGCCAGACGUGUGGAAAGCCUGGAAAUUGCUGGCUGUACGACGUGCAAAAAUUGCGAUACCUCGUCAAUCUGCCCAUCGUGGGUUGUUUAUUUUUUGGCACGCUCUGGGACGUCGGAGUGUGGCAUUACGUCAAAGGGGUCCAGUUGUACGAUGAGGCUGACGAGAAGGCAAGCAAAAAAAGGUCCAAAGGUGACGUGCCCGAGGACAGGAAAGUUUCGUAUAACACGAUGGCUCUCAUGACCGGCAGUGAUCCCAAUAUUUCAGCGAAUGAGUUUAGAAGAAAAAGCUACAGCUCGUGAUACACCACGUCCAUUAAAUUAUAAUAAAACAAAAAUAAAUUUAUUUUCUUACUGGAGAA